AUGCAAAUGGACCUCAAAACUGACUUUAAAAAAAUUCUCUUCCAGGGAGGAAGCUGUGAGCUUAAUUACAAUGAUUGCCUUAUACAGACUUGCUCCACUGGGUUUCUUUGUGUUGCUGGAAUAAACAAUGUCACCUGCAUACCUGCUAGCCUCCAAAGUACCAGCAGUAUUUAUCCUGAAACAUAUGGAGUGCCCCCUGCUGGGCCAUUGGGCAGUGGCUUUUCAUCAGCGUGGCCUACACAACUUGAGGAUAAAAUGAAUAUACCUCAAGGUUCACAAAAAACAGAUAUCUUCCUCAGGCCCAAGGAUCUCUCACAGACUCAUUUGAUCAAAUUAAGUCUAAUAACAUCCUCUGACGACCCUGAGCCAGAAGGACACACUUCCAAUGGAGAGCUUUCAAUGGCACAUGGACUUCCUUCCACUCUAGAUCCUCUUUCUUUUCGAUUUCUGAAGACUGGUGAACAUACCUCAACAAUGAUAAACUCAGUAUUAAAAUUUGUAUCUCAUGUGUCUAGGCAGAUUCCAUCUGAAGAUUUGGAUAAAGAUUUUUUAUUCUCAUUUAUCACUAGUCCUAUGACAGUUUCUAUUUUUCCUACACAAGUCUCAUCAUUAAAGAACCAUCAGACUAUUUCCUUAUCUGCCACAGACAUGAGUUCAGCAAUUAGCAGCAUUCCAGGGGAUGAGAUUGAAUUAAAUAGUCACUCAUUUCUCUCCCACAGAUUCCUGCUUAAAACUACUUCUACACACACACCUCCUAUUUCUCCUAGCAGGACUCAAGAGGAUACUAGAGAAUAUUCAGCUUUUUCCUUGUCAUCAGUAGGAGAGUUUCACUGGAGUUCAGUGAGCCUCUCAAUGACUCUUGAUUCUCCUGCUAAGACAAUAAUACCCCAACAGGUAGCCCCAUCAGACUUACCAGUGUUGCAUAAAACCAAUGAACAAACAUCCCUUCCUGAUGAAUAUCUAGUUAAGACUAUGGUAUCCAGCAUAAGCAUCUCAUUGCAGCCUGCUGAUUCUCUUAGUGAGCUAAGCCAAACGUGUGUGACAUGUUCUAUGACUAAAAUGAAAUCCUCCGAUGAAUGCUCAGUUCAAGCUCUGCAUAGCAAACAGUCCCAGUUUUAUGAACCAUUUUGGAUGAACUCAGCAAUAUUAAGCAGCUGGUAUACACUAACAGGAGCUACAGUGAUUACUUCUGGGCAUUCAUUUUCUUCUGUGACUGAAAUAACACCAUCAGUGGAGUUCACAGAACUGUCACCUCCAUUUUCUUUUAAAAAGAGCAUGGAAAAUUUCCUCAAAGAAAGAGAGACAUCUUUGUCAGAGACACCAUCAAACAAUUUGAAUGUUUAUCCAUGUUUCAGUUCUCUGUGUGCACACAUUGCCCCUUCUCUGACCAGCUUUUUAGACUCUCAGUUUCCGGAGAUGACUAGAAAACUGUAUUCUACUGAUCAGUAUAUAUCAAAGCAACAUUACCUAACUCAGCUACUCAGUCAAGAUAUUCAGCUACCUGAGAUAUCUCAUGAGCCAUUGAGUAUUCACUUACCAGAUAGUUCUAUUUUUGAACCUAGUUUGCAGAGCAACCUAGCUGGAACUUUAAAGACAUUUUUAGAAACAAUUCAACAAAAUGACCUUAAAAAUCAAUUUAUUCUUACAGAAGUCCUUGAUAAAGGUUCAAUGACUGACGCUUCAAAAAGGCAUUUGAUGCCAGAUUUUAGUCAGAUUUCUUAUUCUGUUUCACUUGACCAGUCAAAGCAUAAACACACACCUCUUCCUAAAUCUAGGCAGAUAUCUGAAUUGGCAUCUCAUGCCCCUUCUCUGACUUCAGUGUCAAUAUUACAAGAAAUAAGCAGCAACGCUCCAGAUGUCUCAACCAUGAUAUUUCCAACAUCUGUGCAGGAUGAGGAAUCCCCUACAGGUCUGAAUGCUUCCAUCACCAGAUUGGUUACACUUCCUUCACUGGAGUCCAUUCAACCAUCUCAUCAGCUGCUGCUUCCUGGUGAGUUUUUAUAUUCAGUAAACUUUGAAAGAUAAGUCAGUUUUUUGCAGGUAUAAAAGUGGCUAUUAUGGUCACUAGGUCUUCAAUAGCAUCAUUGUAAUCAGAACAGCAGCAAGUUUGAUAGUAAUACUAUCUGCUAUUCUACCUGCCAUAGAUAGUUAUUUUUCUUGUACAGCUGCAAAAAGUAUCAAAUCAAUGCAGCAAUAGGUAAAAAUAAACUGAAGACUGAAAUACCACUUGCAAGAACUCAGAGACUGAUCAACUUAUUAUAUUGGGUCUUUCAGGGUUUACAAAUAACUUGCAUAAUUCUCAGUUCUUAAAAGUGUUUGUCACCUUGGGUACAAUCUAAAGAACCAUUCUGAGAUUGACUCAAACUAUCAAUAAGGAAUUUAUACUUAUGUUUGUAGCAUAGGAGAAAUAAUUACUUGUCUUCUCUCAUUUUGUUCCAUUUUAUUUUAAGUAAAAAG